AGCCAGCCCAGCUCUGGGCGCAUGCUCUCUGCUUGUUGCGGCCCGCCUGGGCAGACUCAGGAGCGGUGUACUGAGACUGUGAUCCAGCUCAGGGUCCGCACGGUUUCAGAAAUUGUCGAACGGUGCUGGCCCCUAGUCUCGCCGUCUUCGCACCUCCCCAGCAACUCAGAUGCAGAGUGACCUUGGCCGUGGUACAAACCAACCUAGGAACCAGAUGAGCAGAGACAUCUGUGUCCACACCUGGCCGUGUUCCUAUUAUUUAGAACUUAAGAAGCAAUGGGUCCCUGGAAAGAUUUCAUUAACUUCUCUCUCACUGAAAUUUAUGACUGAUAAAACUGGAGAAAUUCUUGUCAACUUUCCCCUUUCCAGUAUAAUUGAGAUCAAGAAAGAGGCUUCUCAUUUUAUAUUCAGUUCUAUCACCAUCCUGGAAAAGGGUCACAUCAAACACUGGUUCAGUUCCUUUCAGCCUAGUCGAAAUGUUGUUUUCAGCAUUAUCGAGCAUUUCUGGAGAGAGUUGCUAUUGUCCCAGUCAGAAGCUGCUAUUCAAGGAUUACACCGCCCUGUGACCAAGGGGAAGGCGCUGACUGAUCUUAUGGCCUGUUCCCAGAAGCAUCUGGAAGAUACAGCCAAAGUCCUCCAUCAUCAGGGUGAGCAGCUUGACAGCAUCUCGAGAGGCCUGGACAAGAUGGAAUCUGACCUGGAUGUGGCUGACAGGCUGCUAACAGAACUGGAAUCUCAUUCUUGGUGGCCCUUUAGCUCCAAGCUUUGGAAGAUGCCCUCGGAAACAAAGCCCAGAUGGGGUGCCUCAAACACUAGUUCCAAAGCUUUUGGAAAAGAAGGGAUAGUGAUCAGAAUUCCCUCUAUUAUUUCGCAAAGAACAGAAUCUCAUGUUAUACCAGGAAGUCUCACCAUGCUUGUUUCUGGAUUGGAAAUCCACAACUCGGAUUCUUUGCUCAUGCACAAAUUUGAAAGAGAAGACAUAGAUGACAUCAAGGUUCACACACCAUAUGAAAUUAGCAUCCGCCAGCGGUUCAUUGGGAAGCCAGACAUAGCUUAUCAUUUGAUAUCUGCCAAGAUGCCAGAGGUUAUCCCCAUUUUAGAAGUAUGGUUCAGCAAGAAGAUUGAGUUGUUAGAAGAUGCUUUGGUACUCAGAAGCACUGCAACCUCUUCCCCAGUAGAGAAAGGGGACUCAGUCUGGCAUGCAGCAUCUGGGCUGAUUGACUGUGCCAUGCACCACGAACCAUCCUCAGGGAGCCUGGAAAGCAGUCCACUUCAGCUACAGUCAAGAGAGCCAGUAAUUUCUGAAGGGGACGUCGGGGAACUGAGACAGUCUCUCAGAAGGCUAAAGGAUCUUGCCUUGGAUGCCAAGACAGAGCUAGAGAGACAGGAUGAGGCCUUGGAUGGCAUCACUGCAGCUGUGGACCGGACAGCUAACAUUGACAAGCAUAAUCAACGAAUGAAAAAACUGACUUAGAAGGACACAAAAAGCACAGAAGUGACCACUUUGACAAGAAUCACUUCUCUAAAGUACAUUGUUCUCAAUCCCUGCAUGCUUUCUAAUAUGAAGACCCCAAGAAUUUAUUCCAAGGGCCCUCCCCAGGGGGUGCAUAGCUGCCUCAGGACGAAGGGAUUCUGUGAAGGCUGUGGAGCCUGGAAGAUUGUGCUGCUACCAAGGAUUGCCCUGUAGGGAGCUGAAGGUGGCUACAGGAGAGUAGUUCUGCCUGCAAAUAAAGGAGCUGCUUCCCCUCAGGGUCCUCUUGGACUGCUUGGGGAGUCAGGAGCACAUAUGCCUCAAAUAUGGGCUGAGUUUUAUUGAAUUGGCCACGCAGUAGGUAGUCUUACCUUGCAGCAGGGUGGCUACACCCAGCAUGCAGGGACCACUUGCAUGGUCAUAAUCCCAGUUCUCCGGGAAUGUACAACUAGUUGCAUUUUCAUCUUAUCUCCAUUCUUGAUAAGCAUAAAAGUAUAAUUUAAAUCUCUAUGAAAGAAAAUACUGAUUCUGACUCUACCAUCUGAACACUAUCAGCAAAAUCUCUUCUCCUGCCUCGACUACAUUCAGGCCUGAGCCUGCCUCCUAUGUGGGCUGCUCAGCACAGCCCACUACCUUCACUUUGUUCCAUUUUUCUCUGGUGACAGUCACUUUCUUUUGGUUGUAUGUAAUUCUCACCAAAGCUAAGAGUCUAGUACACCUUGAAGUCAUCCUAUAAACACCCAAAAUUCUUACUGCCCAGUUUUUAGUCAAACACAAAAAUAGUACAUUUUUCAUGUUUGACUAAACACUGUCCUAUUUUAAAAGUGUUUCAUUUUUGCCUUUUCUGCCCCAUUUCUAUCCAGAACAAAAGAAAAAUGCUAGUUUUAGAAUAUUUUUGAGUCAGCAUUGAUGCUACUUUUUCUUGGUUUGGGCAUCUUAGUGUGUCCUGGGAGAGCCCGUCAUGGGAAGACAAGGAGAAAAUAGAGAAUUGGGUUACCUCCUCACCUUUCACAACGGGCCACCUCCAGACUGCUUUGAAAUAGCAUCCCAAAAACGUUGCACAGAGAGGCUCGUAGAAACCUUGUAGAAAUGCUAUUUGAAGUGCCUUUCCUACAGCCCUCCUGAGAUGGCUCCACAAGCCCUAUGCUGCCGUGUUGCACCACUCCACCUUAUAUUAUGAGUUCUGGAUGGUUUUAAGAAUUAAUUCACAGGUGCAGUGUUAGUCUUUUGGCUGCCCUGUGAAGUACACAAACAGGGGGCUAAACAGUAGGAAUGCACUCUUCUCAGUCUGGAUGCCAGCAUUGCAGGAUCACAGUUGGGAAGGCUGUGCUCCUUCUGUAGACUCUAGGGGGAAGAUUUCCUGCCACUUCUAGCUGAUGGUGCCUCUAGGUAUCACUGGGCUUAUGGCCACAUAUCCUAAUCUCUGCCCUCAUUGUCAUGUGGCCCUCUCCUGUGUCUCUGUGUCUCAAAUCUCCCUCUGCUUUCUCUUAUAAGGAUCUGUUAUUGGAUUGAGGCCCACCCUAAUCCAGAGUCAUUCAUCUCAAGAUCCUUACCUUGAUGAUAUCUACAAAGACCUCAUCUCCAGAUAAGGUCACAUUCUAAGGUUCCCAGUGGGCAUGAAUUUGGAGUCACCUCUGAUGCCCAGCAUUGUGGAAGCUGACCCAUUACAAAGAAACAUGGAAAGUAGCACUUCUAGAAAGUAAUGUCAUAAAGGUCUUCCAAUUCUUUUCUUUUUUAAUUUAGUAAAUUAUAUUCCUGGUCUCUAUUUAUCUUAUUUGGUUUGUACUUACUAACUUCCAGAAUAAGAAGUUGGCCUAUUCUUAAAGGUUUCUCACUCUAAUGCAAGGCAUUUGAGCAGUUGCUCUGACCUUUCCAGCACAUGAAAUGAUAGAGCUCCUUGGAGUUUGUGCCCAUCCCAGGGGAGCUGAGCCGUGCAGCCCCUUCUUCUUGUGCUCAAUGAUAGAGAGUUCAGGGAGGGCACAGCAGAUGUGAAGAUGUGUCAACAAGGAGUGUUAUGAGUAGCAGCAGCUAGAUCUUGCCCUCAUGGAGCUUGGAGUGGUGUGGAGGGAAGGCAGCUCAUGUCCUGUGCACAGGGCAAGUGCAAGUGGGCAGUAUCCUGACACUGGUAGCUUCUAAAGCAGCCCACGAAGAGCAAGUUCCCUCGAGGUGGGGUACGUGGUUCUCAUCAUAGCCACACACUGGCUCAUCAUGCCAAGGACUAAGAAAAUACAAACAGAUGCACUCACAUGCCCUGACCCAUGCCCUCAGUCAGAAUUUCUGUGGGUAUACACACUCCCAAAUGUUUCUAAUGAGUAGGCAGGGCAAGAUCCACAAGCCAGGUAAUGUACUACCAUCAGACCCGCUCUCUUUUACAUCUGGUGCUGGAGAGCCCUGAGUAGCUGGAUGAAAGUGAGUCUGUCCACUCAUGAUGCUGUUCUAAAUCCAGAUGGGCACUGCUCAGGAGUUCCCAGCUCAGCCUACAUUGACCACCUGACAUCUGCUUGUCCUGAAAACACAUACCACCCAGCACUCAUGUGGCCUCAGGGCUGCACACAUCUUGGCUGCUCACAGGCCUCUGAAAAGCAGAGGGCCAGGAUUCUGCUGGUGAAUCCUGAGGUCUCUGGCCUCACCCUUUCUUUAUCUGUCACUGGGGGAUGCAUAAAUCUCAGACACUCUGGGCAUGAAGGUGUGUGGUUCAGAGACAUUGUACCAUUAGAAGAUUAUUCUCCAGGCCUUCACUCUCCCAUGAAUAAUUAACUUGAUAGACACUAUGGUCUGUUUAUGUGGAACUUAUAGUAUUAAGAGGAGGGGGGCAUCAAGCACCAUUUUCUGCUAUUUUUUUAACUCUGGCCCCAGAGUUAACUUUUUUCACCCUAACCCCUUCUAAUAUUAGAAAAUCCAUCUGCCAAACUGUUAGUCACCAAGGCCGAAACAAAAUUGCCAAAAACCCUGUAAAACCAGGCACUAACUCCCGCAACAUACUGAUCUCCACCCCAAGUGCACUCAUUCCACUUCCCACUGCUCCCCAACUUUUGGUACAUUGGCUCUGCUUCCACAGUUUGGACACAGGAAGGUCAUGAAGGGAACAAACAUUGUCAUGCUUCUAGAAGCAGUCAGUACCAGGGGAAGGAGAUGAGCAGGUAGGCCAGUGAUCUCUCUGCCAUCCUCUGGCAGCCCAGGUUAAGUGCCAUGAUGGCGGGAACUAAAUGGAUCUCAUCAGGUGAGUAGUAGACCUCUGUAGUGGCAGGAAGAAUACACUGAGCCCAUUGUCAUCAUUAUUGCUAGUUUUGGAUCACAACAUAUUGUGUCUUGUUUUCUACUUUCCUGAUGUGGAGAGCGUCCUCUAACAUUGACAUUGAGUUUGUGUGUGCAUUCAAGCUCAUGCAUGUGCUUUAUUCUAGCACAAAAAUCUGAUUUCCUUUUAACCUGUGACUGAGGAAAUAGAUUACGCUAGUUUGUUGUCACCCUAUAAGGUAUUUGCACUUCCUAAAACACAUAAUGCUUUGAACUCAGUUUUACACUCAUAAAUGUGGGCAAAAUACAAGAUCCAUAUCCAAUGCAGCUGUGAGACCAAUACUGAACUGAAAUGAAACAUUUCAUCAAAAAUAGCUGAUUCUUUGUUUGUUUAGGGCAGAUGUCAGCAGACUUUUCUAUAAAGGCUAAGUAGAAAAUCCUCAUCCCAGCCAUGUGGUAUCUGUUAAAUGUCUCAGGUCUGCUAUUAAAUGAAGGCAGUCUGGACUUGUGAACAAAUGGACGUGCUAUAUUCCAAUAAAACUACCAGUGCUAAUCACA